AAGUCAAGUUACUGUUUUCUUUAUCUACUGAAAUGAUCGCAAGGGUUUUGCAGUGCACGCACACAUCUGCACAAUGGGAAGCACAGAAGUAGCAGAAAAGACGGAGGAAGAGCUUCGUAAAGAGAUUGAUGAGCUCCAUCGUCAAAGGCGUGAGAUUACAGAGAGGCUUCGAGAUCCCAGGGGAAUUCGUCGCGGUGGUUUACUGGGCGCAGGACCGAGGAAUUUUGCCGCGAACGGCGGUCGACAGCGUGGUUUUGUUCGUCCUGCGGAGAGAAAUGAUUCUGAGGACCAGCCACCGGCGAAAAGGAGAUUGUCUUCAGCUGUUGUGAAGGUUGAGGAUGGGGAAAUAACUGGGGAAGGUUCUGAAGAUGCGAAAGAUAUGAAAAUGAAGGACUUAGCUGUAGAAGGAAGUGGCAGCGGAGAGAAUGUGAAUUCUAGUCUUGGUGAGAAAAAGUCAUCGGAUUGGUCUCGAGGUGUUGGUAGUCAGAGGCCAUCCAAAAUGGACUUUGAAGUUCCUCCAGCUGAGCAUGUUCCUAGGGUGUUGCCAAAAAAUGAGGACCCUAGUUUGGUUAGUAGGAAUAAAAGGAUGUUGGGGCAACUUCUAGGGACUUUGGAGAGGUUCAGGAAAGAAGACGUGCAACUAUCCGGUACUGAGGCAUACAUGCGGAGGUCUGAUUCCUUGAAAAGGGCAGAGCAAAGGGCACGUGAGGAAAGUGAAAGGCUGAGACAAGAAGAACGUGAACAGAUUGCAGAGAAGCGGAAGAGGGAUUUGACUCUCAGAGCACGUAUUGCUGCGAAAGCGGAAGAAAAAAAGUUGGAAUUGCUGUUUCUUCGGUGGAGUGAGCACCAUAGGAAACUUGGCAAUUUCAUAAGGACCAAGGCGGAGCCUCCAAUAUAUUACAUGUUUGCCAAACCUAUGGAUGGCAAUGCAGCUUUGCUUGAGCAACAGAAAGAACAGAUGUUUCAAGAAUGGAAAGCUAGUAGGAGAGAGGAAUUGUCUCAAUAUCAGAAGCAGAUUGCAGAAUGGUAUGUGGGAAAUGUGGACAAGGAGCUGGAAAGGUGGCAGAACGGAAGGAAGGGCCGGAAAGCAAACAAUGACAUGGCAAACUUGCAAGAGACAAUGGACAAAGAACUGGAGACUCAUCAGCUUGAGCACGGCCCAAAGACUCGAAAAAUCCCUGGCGGAAGCAACAAUGAAGAUGAAGAUGAUGUGGAAGAUAUAAAUGUUGGUGAGGAUGAUAUGAUGGACGACGUGCUGGAUGAUGAUGAAAGUGGGAGGAGAGUUGAUGAAACGGCGAAAUCUGAAACAGGUAACGGUAGCCAUCAGGACGACAAGAAAGAGUAGCCCUCAACUCCAUAUGUUUACUACUAAGCUUAAAUUGUUAUUAGGUUUGUACUUUUAUUAUCUCCCCCAUAUUUUUGAGCCUGUUUGCCUGAAGGUUAUAUUAUGACCAGUGUGUUUUUUAAGGAUUUAAA